UCACGCCUAAUAGUAAAACGAAGCUCUCCUCCGCUCCACCUUUCUCCCAAACAUUCUCAACCUUCACUCGCUUCUCAAACGUUUUCAGUCAUUCUUUUUCUAUAGUUCCAAACUUCUGUUCAUUCAUCCAUACAUAAACGCCAAACCUAGUCGGCUAUUUGAGCUUAAGCUUGGACUCCAAUGGCAGCUUUCGACCAUAUCAAGGACUUGUACGAUGUUGCUCUAAAGCCUCGUCUGUUGCACACGCUCAUUAGAGACCAUGUCCCCGACACUAAGCACCCUUUUGGGAGCCCAUUCGAGCUGUCCAAGGUAGUGUACAUGAUCAAUACUCACAACCUCCUUCGCGAGUCUGUACAAGAUUUGACUGAUCAAAAGCUAAUCAAUAAUUGGAGGUCCGCCAUUGAUUCCUGGGUCAACCACUUGAUGGAGCUCAUCGCCAGUGACAUUCCAGAUAAAUGUUGGGCGGGAAUUUGUUUGCUGGGGGUGACUUGUCAGGAAUGCAGCUACGAGCGUUUCUUGGAAUCAUACUCUGGUUGGUUCCAGAAGCUUCUAUCACAUAUUCAGUCUGCCGAAACUUAUCAAUUUGUGAAGGUGGCCUCUUGCUCCUCAAUGGCAGAUCUCAUCACAAGGUUGGGUGGAUCUCCAAAUGCAAAAAGGGAUGGAACUACCCAUGCUGGGAAGCUUGUUCAACAAGUCAUUCAACCAGUUUUGAAAUUAUUAGAUGAUGAUCAUUCAGAGGUUGUUUGGGAAGGAGCAGCUCAAUUGUUGUGCACAAUUAUGUCUUUGUUUCCAUUUAGCAUCAAUCGCCAUUAUGACACUGCUGAAGAUGUUCUUGCUUCAAAAAUUUUGUCAGGAAAAUGCAGUGUUAAUAUACUGAAGAAACUUGCUCGUUGUCUGGCAUUACUAGCAAAGUCAAGAGGAGAUGAGGAUAGCUGGUCCUUAAUGAUUCAGAAGAUCUUAUUCUUGAUUAAUGGUCACCUGAAUGAUGUUUUUCAGGGUUUUGAGGAAGAAACCAAACGCCAUGAAAUUAUUAGAUUUUUGGUUCCCCCAGGAAAAGAUACACCUCCUCCCUUAGGAGGGAAUAAAAUGUCAGGAGAAGCCUCAACGAAGGCAAGAAAGCGUUCUGAGCGUUUGCCAAUGCCCAGUGUCUCUGCAUUGAUGGUUUGCUGCUCUACAAUGCUAACAACUUCAUACCCUGUUCAGGUGACUGUUCCCAUUCGGUCCUUUUUAGCCCUUAUUGAGAGAGUGCUGAUAGUGGAUGGCUCCUUGCCACACUCCUUGCUGGCCUUUAUGACUGCCAUGCAGCAAGAAUUCAUUUGUUCAGAACUUCCACUUUUGCAUUCGUAUAGUUUGGAACUCCUCGCUGCGAUCAUAGAGGGUGUGCGCAGUCAAAUUUUACCACAUGCUACAUAUUUAGUGCGUCUGCUUUCAGUGUAUUUAAAGAGAUGUGCAUUGCCAGAAUUGAGAAUAAAGGUCUACUCAAUCACAAGGAUUUUGCUGAUAUCCAUGGGCGUUGGUAUGGCAGUAUGCCUUGCUCAAGAAGUUGUUAACAGCGCAUUUAUUGAUCUAAAUCCCAUUGCCAAUGAGAGUGGUGGUGCAUCUUCUAGUGGAAACUCAAAGCCUUCUACUGAAGCAUUGGUUCAAACACCACAACAUAGCCAUAGAAAGAGGAAGCAUGGAGCUUCGAGCGGAUCUCUUGAGUGGCAUAACACUAGUAGAUUGGAAGGGGGAACCCCCAAGAACCAUACAACAUCUCCAAUUGCUGUUAAAAUCGCUGCACUCAAGGCGUUAGAAGCUCUUCUCACUGUGGGUGGUGCAUUGAAAUCUGAAGGAUGGCGAUCAGAUGUUGAUCUUCUUCUGAUAAACAUAGCUACUAAUUCUCUGAAAGGGGCAUGGGGUGGUGAGAACGGAAACAUUUACCAACUCAAUGAACCUGGUGAUAUUGGGGGUGGUAUGCAGCUUGCAGCACUACGUGCACUUUUGGCAUCUUUCCUUUCUUCAUCUUGUGUCCGCCCCACUUAUUUAGCUGAGGGUCUUGAUCUUUUCCGUAGAGGCAAACAAGAAACUGGAACCAAACUUGCUGAAUUUUGUGCUCAUGCUCUUUUGGCCUUAGAAGUGCUUAUACAUCCCAGGGCCCUCCCGCUGGCAGAUUUCACCGACGCAACUCUCCUGUCUGAUAAAGUUCACUACAAACUCCCAGAAAAUAUGUACUCUGGUAGUCUAAGACCCCGAACCCCAUUUUCAGGUGACAUACAGGGAAUGAUGCAUGAUGCUGCUGACUCUGAUCAGGAUGACCUAUUUGAUAGCUGGCUUGCAAGGAGUAAAGAAAUGGAAGCACCAGUGAGUGACCUAGAAAAGACUAUGCAGGCGGGAGAGCCAUCAAAAACUGUAACAGUUAAUCAGGAUAAAACGCUUUCUGUAGAUGGGUCAUUUAGUAAAGAGACUCUAGCAGGAAGCGUACAGGAGCUCGCAGCAACCAUGGAGGAUGUGGAGAUGAGAGGCAAUAGGGAUGAAAGUAUGGUUGAAUCCCACAAAUUGAAAGAAUCCAUAGUGCAAUUUCAGGAUAUAGUGUCUCCAAAGGUUGUCUCAGUUGUUGGAACUACUACUGUUACUGAAGAAGUGUUUGGGAGGGUUGAUAUGGAAAGUGGUCCAUCAGAUCAAAGAGGUAGCAAUACGGUCGAUGUUCUGGUGGCUAAGGGUGAUGAGUCUCUUGGCGGAGGCAAUUUCGCUACCACUCCAAAGCCUGAGAAGAGCAAGGGAGUUGCAUUUGAAACGGGUAAUGAUUCAGAUGAGGAUUCAUUUCCCGAUAUUGUGGAUCCAGAAUCUGAAUGAUGUAAGAAUUUUGGUUAAGUUUGUUCUGUAGAGAUACUAUGCGUCUGUCAUCAUAGGGUCUUUUAUCCCUUGUGUUUGGAGGAAUUAGGGAGUUGAUUUACAUUGCUGUUGGUGCCAUUAGUCUUUAGUCAAGAGGAGCCUCACAUUAAAUUAGUUUAAUAGGCGCUUGUCAACUUUCUUGCCACAGUUUUACGGACCCUGAUGUUUUGUGAGAUUUUCAAAGAAACUAUUCCUAGCCUUGUGGGAUUUUUGCAUAAAUUAGCCUCUUAGGAAAGGAUUGGGGUCCAUAAUGUUCUUAAUCGGCUAUGUAAUGUUUCUGUAUGCAACAACUUGCUGCUGGUCGAAUUAUCAUUUGCCCUGUUGUUCUGUGCACUAUCUAAGCUACUUAACCAAAGACUCAAAUUGUCA